CACACAGCCUGCAGGAUUGUUUAACCCAGACAUAUAAUGAUUGUAUUGCUGUGACAGACAGGUGUGUUUGUUAAUUAAUUGAUUAACUUAUUUUUUUAAAGAACAAAUCUGAUGUCGCACGUCAGCAUCAGCCGGCGUGUUACAGGAUGAGUUCACAUCCCUUCAUCAGCAUCCAGCAUCUUGCCCCCACCGUCCGUAACAUCCUCCUCCUUCCCCCGUACCCCAAGGGUCUCGCGAGCGCGCACGCGUGCGAAACUGCGUGGGAAUGGCUGUUUGUGUGAUCGAGGGGGUUGGGCCGCUUGGAGCGAGCGGAGAGCUGCAUGAGUUUGUAAUGUCCGCCAUGUUGGCCAUGGCGUAUUGAACCGGGGAGGAACAGCGGAGCCUACGAAAAAAGAGACCGACAGAGAGCGACCGAGACCCGGGCCUUCCCGGCUCUGUUCGCGCUGCUACGGACCCACGACUGCCCUCAAUCGACCGGCUGACUCCCAGAGACCGUCACAGAUUCAUCCAUGAGAACUCGAGGCGGACCUGCUGUUAUUCCUAGCAGAUCGAAUACAUUUAUGCUCCAUCUUUUAAUAUAAAAAUGAGUAAAUUGUCGUUUCGGGCACGGGCGCUGGAUGCUAGUAAGCCUCUGCCCGUCUUCCGCUGCGAGGAUCUGCCCGACCUGCACGAAUAUGCCUCAAUCAACCGGGCAGUGCCGCAGAUGCCGACCGGGAUGGAAAAAGAGGAGGAAUCGGAGCACCAUCUCCAGCGGGCCAUCUCCGCGCAGCAGGUGUACGGCGAGAAGCGGGACAACAUGGUUAUCCCCGUCCCCGAGGCAGAGCGCAACAUCACGCACUACGAGUCCCUCUACCCCGGGGAGUUCAAGAUGCCAAAGCAGCUUAUUCACAUACAGCCUUUCAGUUUGGAUACAGAGCAGCCAGACUACGACCUAGAUUCAGAGGAUGAGACGUUUGUGAAUAAGCUGAAGAAGAAAAUGGAAAUCACAGCCCUGCAGUUUGAAGAAAUGAUAGACCGACUGGAGAAAGGCAGUGGACAGCAGCUCGUCAGUCUCCAGGAGGCCAAACUGCUGCUGAAGGAGGACGAUGAGCUGAUCAAGGAGGUGUUCGACUACUGGAGCCGCAAGAGGAAAACCUGCACGGGUGGCUCCCUCAUCCCCACCGUCAAGCAGGAGAAGAGGGAUGGCUCCAGCACCAGCGACCCCUAUGUGGCCUUCCGCCGACGGACGGAGAAGAUGCAGACUAGGAAGAAUCGAAAGAAUGACGAGGCGUCGUAUGAGAAGAUGCUGAAGCUGCGCAGGGACCUGAGCCGAGCGGUCACCAUCCUGGAGAUGAUCAAGAGGAGGGAAAAGAGCAAGAGGGAACUGCUGCACCUCACACUGGAGAUUGUGGAGAAGAGGAAUGUAAUGCCAGACUUUGGCAGUGAGGUGAUGGCAGAGGCACUUGCACAGCGAGCUCUGGUGAAGCCUGUCUACACCAUCCCCAUCAUCCCCCCGUCCAACAGUAACCAGUACAGACACCAGGACCACUUGGAUAUGAAGGACUACAAGAAACCGGAGAAGACGGAGGCAGUACGAACCAAAAGGAAAUACGAAAGGAAACCCAAGAUCCCUCCUCUGUCAGCGCCUCCACAUUCAGGGCCCUCGGUGUUUAAUCCCAAGGACCUCAACCAGUACGACUUCCCCAGCUCGGACGAAGAACCCUUCUCGCAGAUCCAUUCAGGUUCUUCAGAGGCAGAGGAGGAGAAUGACCCAGAUGGCUGCUUUGCGUUCAGGAGGAAGGCCGGCUGUCAGUACUACGCUUCUCGUCCAGACCAGAGUGGCAACUGGCCCUGGGUAAGCCCGUCAGAGGGCGGGCUUGGCGACCCACGCUUCCGCUACUGUCUGACCUCGCUGAACAUGCCACGGCGCUGCAUAGGUUCGGCACGGCGCCGCGUGGGCAGAGGAGGCAGGAUCUUGUUGGACAGAGCGCACACUGAUCUAGACAGCAUCUGUCAGAGCCUGGACUCUGACCCGGAGCCCGAACCACUCGCCUCACCACUUCCAUGUUCUCCGCUCCGCAACUCCAACGCCAGUACCUCAGAAACCAAUACCUCGCACCCAACCAGCUCCACCCACCUUCCCUCCUCUUCAUCACCCCUGUCGCCAUCAUCGCCAACCCCGAUGGACCUCAGCCAGAUUCUUUUGAACAUUAAAUCUAGCCGCUGGAGGCACUUCAGACCACGGACGCUAUCCCAUCACCCCUUGGGUGGAGGAGACUUGUCUCGCAGAGGAUUUAGGGAUUUUAGCCGCACAGUGUCAGGACUUACCCGGACUCUGUUUGGAGGAGCCAACUCCCGGAACCGCACCGGCCCAGCCCCCACCCCCGUCAACGUGUUCACGGCAGAGCAGUACCAGCAGCACCAGGAGCAGCUGGCCCUCAUGCAGAAACAGCAGCUGGAGCAGAGCCAACAGCAGCAACAAGCCAACGCUCCUGCAACAACCACCAACACACAGGCUCUCGUGUCCAAGACGCUGGACCAGGCCAGCGCCCAGUUUGCUGCUUCGGCCCUCAUCACCACGGACCAACUGCUGACCUUCAAGUCCAAAGAGGAGCUGGUGCUGGCAGGUGGAGUCAACGGGGUCUUGGCAGGUGCAGGUGUUUUCAAAGGCUUGCAUCUGUCCGGCACCGCAGCCCUGCACCAGACCAACCAGUCGACCCACACUACCCCCUCCAUGGCCCCGGCUUUCCUCCAGCCCUCCUCCAACUCGGCAACCCUUUCACCCGCCAACGCCGUCCCCACCUCCCUCACCUCCACCCCCAGCGCCCAUGCGGCAGCAGCGCUGGGGAUCCUGGGAUGCAGCGCGGCCAACGCCACCACUCAGGUCCUCAUCGGGAACAACAUCUGUCUGAGCGUGCCGCCGGCCGGCAGCCUGGCCGGACGCCACAUUCCCCGGACCCUCGGCAACGUGCCACCCUCUGCCUUAAAGCUGUCGGCCGCCACCAACCUGCAGAUGCCCAAAGUCUCUGGAGCAUCGUCCAUGGACAUGGGCUCAAGGGAUAAUCACGACGAAGACAAGCCAGCACUGAACAGUAUAGCAGACAACACAGUGGCCAUGGAGGUGACGUAGUAGCGGUGCAGUGAAGAGUCCACUCUUUAGGUGCUGUGCAUCGUAGCAUCGGGAAUGCAAAGGGACAGCAGGACUCUGAUGCAGACUGACACAAUGACGGGCGGCUGCGUCCGCUCGCUGCAAUUCUCAUCUCUCAUACUUUUUAAAAACCUUUUUUUUGUUUUUGUUUUUUUGUUACUGUUCAAAGUAAAAAGAUCAACAUCUGUAAAUUAUGAAUAUGGCAAAAAUCAGUAUCUGUACAGUAACUACAUAUUUGUAAUACCCCCCUUGUAUAUAUGACUUGAAUACAGAACUGUCCAUUUGUGAUGUUUUGCACUUGGGAGUCAAAAAAUAGUAAGCCAAGUAAAGGCGAGUGUGAGACGUGGGAGUUGUAUAGAGAAGUUCUAUCAUCAUGUGCAUGGUGCGGAGCCUGCUGUUUUAUCUAUUUAUUGUGCUGUGUUUACAGUUUCUUUGUUUUGCGUUUGUUUUUUAUUUGUACACUGUACCUUCGUUGGUUCCUGUGCUGUAGUAAAUGUUAGGUAGCUACGGACUCCUGGGUAUUUUUGUAAAUUGUGAACACAAAGCAGGUUCCCCCCCCCCACAUUUAUUUCGGGUCCCUGUGCUUCUCUCUGUGGAUCAUGUGAAAAUCAAAAGGUGACAUACAUACGGAACGGAAGGAUGAGGAGGAGGAGGAAGAGGAGGAGGAGGAGUGCUCCUCUCUUCCUGGGAGCUUCCAUGAACGUCCCAAACACAAGUAACAAAACGGGGAUGAAGUCUCUUCCCAGAAGCCACUGCUGCUUCUGAUUAAAGCACUAUUUUUUUGUUAUGUUUUUGUUCAUGGUUUUGAUAAAUAUUAAUGCUGCUUUUGUAUUUUGUUUGUUUUUAAAGGGGUUGUUCUUCAUUUUCACGCAACCUUUUUCUAUUUGUUUUUAUCCCUCAGACAUUUCUUUUUGUAAAACAAAAAUUCAGUUAUUUUUGUAUGUUUGUUUUUUUCUUGUGGUAAACUUGAUUGUAAGCUUUUCGUUAAUUGAAAGACUUCAUUAAUUUGUUACUUGUUCAUGCAUAGGUGAUAAGGGAGGUGAAUGGGCAGUAAUCGCUGUACGUGUUUCAUCAUUCCAGUUUUUAAUGACAAAAAAUGCUAAUGAGGGGGGGCGCAGGGGGAACGGCAGUUUUCUCCACUCGCUUCCCUUUUUCUUUAUUUUCUUUGAAAAAAUAAUCUCCAGACGGCUGCGAGGCCAAAAAACCACAAGUAUUGGGUGCCUUCCUUUGGGGAAUUUUAUGUACUCUCUUCUGUGAAGAGUUAGGCACAAAGGCAGCAUUACUUAGUAGUGCUUCUCGUCUUUGUCACAAUCUGAAUGCCCAGUCCAAUGGCAGGAUAUAUCCUUGAGGUUUACUUGUCCCACCUGGAGGCUGAAAAGACUAAAAAAAAUGUGACAGAACUCUCACUAAAAUAAGACAAUAAAGCCCAGGGCAUUAAAUGUGAA